CAAUGGAAUAAUACAUAAAUAAAUUAUAUAUAUGCAUGUACACUUAACGUCAGCCCCUUGUGACUGGAACCCAAAUGCGUGUUCACGAGAGUCAGCAGGGUAAAAGAGUUGCGCAAAUUUGCUUCGUGGAAAGUCCAAUCCAGGUCUGCUACAGAUCAGAUAAUAUCAGCACCCUGCCCCGACCGACUCGUGAACAAGCUGCAUACCGUCUGAUAAAAAACAGCAGAGGGUUGUAUGUCUAGACAUUACCAGUUUUAAUCAAAGUAGUUAGUUAAUGAGAAUUAUUCAGGAGAACAACAGUUCUCUCUGCAUCUGUCUGACGCCAGAGUAAAAGCAAAUAUGGCGUCUCGGAAGAAGAUUCUACUCAAGGUGAUAAUUCUUGGAGACUCAGGAGUUGGGAAGACCUCUCUCAUGAACCAAUAUGUGAAUAAGAAGUUCAGCAAUCAGUAUAAGGCCACAAUCGGUGCUGACUUUCUUACCAAAGAGGUGAUGGUGGAUGACAGGCUUGUGACAAUGCAGAUCUGGGACACUGCAGGGCAGGAGAGAUUCCAGUCAUUGGGCGUUGCUUUCUAUCGAGGUGCAGACUGUUGUGUCCUCGUGUACGAUGUUACUGCGCCAAACACCUUCAAGACUCUUGACAGCUGGCGAGACGAGUUCCUGAUUCAAGCCAGCCCCCGUGACCCAGAGAACUUCCCAUUUGUUGUGCUCGGCAACAAGAUUGACUUGGAGAACAGGCAGGUGACGACCAAGCGAGCCCAGGCAUGGUGUACGAGUAAGGGCAGUAUCCCAUAUUUCGAGACAAGUGCGAAGGAGGCCAUAAAUGUUGAUCAAGCCUUUCAAACUAUUUGCCGAAAUGCUCUCAAACAGGAGUCAGAAGUGGAGACUUAUGACUUCCCAGAUCAGAUCAAACUGAGGGAUGACAGACCAGCCUCCUCUAGUGAUGGCUGCAGCUGCUGAGGAAGGGAGGAAACAUGACAGAUAUACACAUUGAUGUUUGAUUGAAGGGGGAUUACAAUACUGUACAUUCAUACCAUUUUAUGUCUUCACAUAUGCAAGAUCUCAGAUGAAAAAUGCUAACCCCCCCCCUGUUCUCUUUGAAGUUCAUGUGGCAGGAACUGAAACAUCAGUUACAUCAAUAUCUGUAUUUUCACCAAGACAACUGACUUUGUAUUUGUCAAACAUUUUGUUUUUGAUACUCAUCAGUCUUGCAAUAAUGUAUGUUAUGUCUGGGAGACAUCUGAUGCAUUCUCCCUUAUCAACGUGCCUUUAUUUCCUUGUGGUCUCUGUGCUAGCUCACUAGGUUUGUCAUUGCAAUCACAUCUAUAAUGGUUCCUCUUUAAAGAACUUGGUGUCACAUUUAUCUGCACUACUAUUGCAUUUCCUCUUUAAGGUGAAGACCUAAGUACAGCAUAUUUGCCUGAACAAUGAAGAAAGACAGUUUUAAGCUGCUGAUCAGAAAUUAUGUAAAUUGUACAAAUGGGACUCAAGUUUGACGGUGUGUGUUUGUGGGGAGAGAGGAAACAAAGCUAUCACUAGAAAAUCAAAUACGAUCAGCAGUGUGUGCUUUCUAAUAUGGAUAAUGCAGUCGGAGGGAAAUUCCUGUUAUCAAGUCUUGUUCCAAACUGGACAUCUUGUUAGAUGAGAGUUGAAAUAGCUUUUCCCAGUUUAAGGUGUUAGGAUGUGCUUUGGCCUGCAAAUGUAUCAUAGAUAAGGCAGCAUCUCACACAAUCUGACCUCUUAUUUUUUGCUUUGUAUAAUAUAAAUACAACUAUAUGAACGUCCUCAUCAAUUUUACAUAAUUUUAUAAAUUGUUAUGGUUGCUGUAAGUAGAAGUUGAAGAUAUCUUAAUAUAAAUGGUUAAAUAAUUUCCUGACAGUUGAAUAAAAAGGUACAAUUAUGACUAAAUACUA